AGUCCAAACCUUAACACUUCAAAAGAAACAAAAAAAUUAAUCGGAACAGGUCGUGGAGGUCCAGUAGACGAUUCUGGAUCUUUUGUCGAUGAUCAAAUGAUUCCUGAAGCACCAAAACUGAUUGUUUUCGCUACCAUGUCUCACUUACAAUUAACACGUAUUAGUUCAUUUAGUGAAACAGCUGAUAGAAGUGAACGAUUAAGAUGUUAUAAUUUAAAUGAUACACUUUCAACAUCAAUGCUACUCACAUCCAUUCGAGAUAUUCCAUUAGAACCACCACCACCACCGGAAUAUGUACCUCCUUGGAAACUUAUCCGACCCAAAAAACCUAUAGUAUUACCGCAUGCUGAACCCAUUACUCCACAUGAAUCUAAACCUAAACGUUGGAUUGAAAUUACUUCACCUUAUAUAAAUUAUCCAAUAGGAAAUGUUCUUAAUAUAAAACCAACAAUUCGAUCUCAUCCAAUUGAUAGUAAUGUCACAACUCUCAAUACAUCUUCACGUUUAAAUCGUUCAGCGAAACAUUUAGCUAUACCUGACCAAUCAAAUAUUAUUGAAGUAGAUGAAGAUGAAAAUAUUGAAAAUGGAAAAUUAAAACCCGAAUUAAACAUCGAAUUCGUUCAAUGUACUACAAAUAUAGGUUCAGCAUCACCAAGAAAACAGUCAAAUGUAACUGAUACUCGGGAAAAAUCGGAUGACUCAUUUCGUAGUACAGGAAACAAGACAAAAUGUGAAAUGUCAAUCGAUAGGACUAAAAUUCCUAGAAAAUCUGUUGCAAUUGGUACAAAGAUAUCAUCUGAUACUAUAUCAACGAAAAAUAAAGGUUAG